GCAUUUCUCCCUUUAAGCACAGGGAAAGGUUUUCUUUCGAACCAAACAGAGACGAGCGAACACAGGAAAAUACCCACUCUCUUACACUGACCCACAACAAUUCCUUUCCCUGUGAGCAUCGUCCACGACCCUCAGAAACCAGGCGGGAUGCUCUGUUUGCGAUACUCUCCGGCUACCAUUACUAGAAGAUUGGACUCGGUUGAAAUUCCCAAAAACCCGAGAAGCAUCGUGGUCUGUGGUGCAAAAGGACCUCGUCCGAGAUAUCCUCGGGUAUGGAAAACCAGACAAAGAAUUGGGACCAUCUCCAAAUCGGCAAAGCUUGUGGAUUGUAUAAAGGGGUUAUCAAAUGUCAAAGAGGAAGUUUAUGGGGCUCUUGAUUCUUUCAUUGCUUGGGAGUUGGAAUUCCCUUUAAUCACAGUGAAGAAAGCUUUGAAGACCCUUGAGGAUCAAAAAGAAUGGAAGAGGAUAAUUCAGGUGACAAAGUGGAUGUUAAGCAAAGGUCAAGGGAGAACAAUGGGGAGCUAUUUCACACUGCUGAAUGCUUUGGCAGAGGAUGGGAGGCUUGAUGAAGCCGAAGAGCUUUGGACGAAGCUGUUCUCAGAGAACUUGGAAAGUCUGCCUCGUGUUUUCUAUGAUAAAAUGAUCUCCAUCUACUAUAGGAGAGACAUGCACGAUAAGAUGUUUGAGAUAUUUGCUGACAUGGAAGAGCUCGGGAUUCGGCCUAAUACUUCAAUCGUUAAAAUGGUUGGAGAUGUAUUCCAGAAGCUGGGUAUGUUAGACAAAUACGAGAAACUACAGAAGAAAUACCCACCACCAAAAUGGGAAUACCGGUAUAUCAAAGGAAAGCGCGUUAGAAUUCGAGCAAAACUGACUGGUGAAUCCGAUGAUCCUGGUGAGGCUGAAUCUGAUGAUCCUGGUGAGGCUGUAAAUGAAAUCAAUGACAAAACUGACAUGAAUUCAAAUGAAAUGCAUGAUGAAGCAGAUAGUUCUGUAGAUGAUGCAGAUGAACCAAUUUAUGAAGCUCACAACUCUUCUUGACAAGCCAGAGAGGCUCAUUGUAAUACAUUUUUAUUUGAUUCUCAUCGGCUUGAGAUUCAUGGGUUUUAGUCAACCUGUUUUCUGGAAA